CGUUUGUCUCGUGAUCAGAAUAUUGUCCGAGUCCUAAGUAUGGCCGAUCCGCCUUUAGUCGUCGACAACGGUACCGGCUUUGUUAAAGUUGGAUACGCGGGUUCGAAUUUCCCGCAGCAUGUCUUUCCAUCGGUUGUAGGAAGGCCGAUCUUGCGUGCGGAGGAGCGGUUGGGCACUUCGACGAUAAAGGACAUCAUGGUUGGGGACGAGGCAGCUGAACUGCGUAAUUUCCUCCAAGUCACUCAGCCAAUGGAACACGGUAUUGUUAAGAAUUGGGAGGACAUGAAGAUUUUAUGGGAUUACACCUUUGAUGAAAAGCUUAAGAUAAGCCCUACUGGGAGAAAGAUCCUCCUCACGGAACCCCCUAUGAACCCCAAGGCCAACCGGCAGCGAAUGUGCCAGGUCAUGUUCGAAGAAUAUGGCUUUGGCGCGGUUUACGUCGCGAUACAGGCCGUUCUCACACUUUAUGCUCAGGGCUUGACGACUGGUGUAGUGGUGGACUCCGGCGACGGUGUCACUCAUAUCGUGCCCGUUUAUGAUGGCUUUGCUAUUCCUCAUCUCACCAAGAGGCUAGAUAUCGCGGGCCGUGAUGUUACCAGAUACCUCAUCAAGCUUCUUCUCAAGCGCGGAUACGCGUUCAAUCGCACCGCGGAUUUUGAGACCGUCAGCCAAAUAAAGGAGAAAUUGUGUUAUGUCAGUUAUGACCUGGAUUUAGACCAGCGAUUAGCUGAAGAAACCACUGUCCUGGUCGAAAGCUACACGCUUCCUGACGGUAGAACCGUCAAAGUAGGCUCAGAACGCUUCGAAGCACCUGAAUGUCUCUUCCAGCCUCAUCUUGUGGACAUUGAACAGCCUGGAAUAGCAGAACUCCUUUUCCAGACUAUCCAGGGCGCUGCCGUUGAUACUCGAACCGAAUUAUAUAAACAUAUUGUGCUCUCCGGAGGGUCUAGCAUGUACCCAGGACUACCAAGUCGUCUUGAGAAGGAGAUGAAACAGCUGUAUCUUACCCGUGUGCUGAACGGAGAUGCGUCCCGUCUAAGCAAAUUUAAGAUCCGCAUUGAGGAUCCUCCACGUCGCAAGCACAUGGUCUUUCUCGGAGGCGCUGUAUUGGCAGAUAUCAUGAAGAGGAGGGAAGAGUUUUGGAUUACCAGAGAUGAAUGGUACGAGCUCGGACCACAACGAGCAUUAGAGAAAUUGGGAAGGGCAGACUAGUGCUUUGAUUCAGUUAUAUUGCAGUUAAUCCAAAGAUCGAAUCAGCCUCAAAUAACUUCAACUAAUCCAUUCGACCCAUUUAUGUUACGGCGUUCACCACUGUGGAAAGGGUGUGUCUGUUUAUAUCGUGCGCGUUUCUGGAUUCGACAGAUCACGUUAGCCUUGGUAUUGGACGUAUGCAGCUGUCAAGAAAGUCAAAAAUAGUUGAUGUGCCUUCUCUUUUCGAUACUCGCCAGGAAACAAUCCAGACUGUCCAUGGACAUUUGUUCCGUUCCACCAAUCAUCACUGACAGUAGUAUCAAGAUUAUAG